AUGAGCUAUUACGCGCUAUUCAGUGUGAAUCACGUUCUACGAAUACGUGACACUACGCUUCCCGCUCUUCAAUACCAUUGCCGCUUCGCUGUCCCCCAGCCAUUUCAACACACCCCUGUCUGCAAGAAGCAGCAUCAUUGGUGCUUGAAACGAACGGCUGUCAAUCAAAUCGUUUCUCAGGCGAAAAUUGAAUUUGGUGCAAAUCCACAGAGAAGAAGGGCAAACACGCACGCACAGUCAUACUCACGUUCAUUCACUCAAACUGCAGGAAUAAACGUGUCGUCCAUCUCAACAGUCAAGGUGUGCGUGAAAUUUGUAUCCCAGGCUGAACUCGAGUCUAAAGGAUUGGACACUUUACGUCAGCUCAUACUAAUUCAAUUUUUUUUCACUACAGCGUCCACUGGCUUCUUGUAUAGAGCAAAGGACGGUAACUCAACAGGUGACGUGAAGUGGAAGCUGAGGUUGAUGGCGUCUGAGCUUGCUGAAGAUGAUAUGAUGUGA